AUGGGCUCUCCAAGAUCCUGUUCGGCCUUCGUGUUCCGCAAUGUGGUGAAAACAGAGUUGUCAGUCACUGCUGAGUUAGUGCCUACCUCAUCAUGGAACAUUUCGAGUGAACUCGACAAAGAUUCUUACCUGACCCUCGAUGAACCAAUGAAUAACAUCACCACAUCUCUGGGCCAGACAGCAGAACUGCACUGCAAAGUCUCUGGAAAUCCGCCUCCCACCAUCCGCUGGUUCAAAAAUGAUGCACCUGUAGUCCAGGAGCCCCGGAGAAUCUCCUUUCGGGCAACCAGUUAUGGUUCUCGGCUGCGGAUUAGAAAUCUCGACACCACAGACACAGGCUACUUCCAGUGUGUGGCAACAAAUGGCAAAAAGGUGGUUUCUACCACUGGCGUCUUGUUUGUCAAGUUUGGCCCCCCUCCUACUGCAAGUCCCGGAUCCUCAGAUGAGUACGAAGAAGACGGAUUCUGUCAGCCAUACAGAGGGAUUGCAUGUGCGAGGUUUAUUGGCAACCGCACCGUCUAUAUGGAGUCUUUGCACAUGCAAGGGGAAAUAGAAAAUCAGAUCACAGCGGCCUUCACCAUGAUCGGCACCUCCAGUCACUUAUCCGAUAAGUGUUCCCAGUUCGCCAUCCCUUCCCUGUGUCACUACGCCUUCCCAUACUGUGACGAAACUUCACCUGCCCCAAAGCCCCGUGACCUGUGUCGCGAUGAAUGUGAAAUCCUGGAAAACGUCCUGUGCCAAACAGAGUACAUUUUCGCAAGAUCGAAUCCCAUGAUUCUGAUGAGGCUGAAACUGCCAAACUGUGAAGAUCUGCCCCAGCCAGAGAGCCCAGAAGCUGCCAACUGUAUCCGGAUAGGCAUUCCCAUGGCAGACCCUAUAAAUAAAAAUCACAAGUGCUAUAACAACACAGGCGUGGACUACCGGGGGACUGUCAGCGUGACCAAAUCAGGGCGCCAGUGCCAGCCGUGGAAUUCCCAGUACCCCCACACGCACACCUUCACCGCCCUGCGAUUUCCAGAGCUGAAUGGAGGCCAUUCCUACUGCCGCAACCCAGGGAAUCAGAAGGAAGCUCCCUGGUGCUUUACCUUGGAUGAAAACUUUAAGUCUGACCUGUGUGACAUCCCAGCAUGUGAUUCAAAGGAUUCCAAGGAGAAGAAUAAAAUGGAAAUCUUGUACAUACUGGUGCCAAGCGUUGCCAUUCCCCUCGCCAUUGCCUUACUCUUCUUCUUCAUUUGUGUCUGCCGCAAUAACCAGAAGUCAUCGUCACCACCAGUCCAGAGGCAACCAAAGCAUGUCAGAGGUCAAAAUGUAGAGAUGUCGAUGCUGAAUGCCUAUAAACCCAAGAGCAAGGCUAAAGAAUUGCCCCUUUCUGCCGUACGUUUUAUGGAAGAAUUGGGUGAGUGUGCCUUCGGAAAAAUUUAUAAGGGCCAUCUCUACCUCCCAGGCAUGGACCAUGCUCAGCUAGUUGCUAUCAAGACUUUGAAAGACUAUAAUAAUCCCCAGCAAUGGACGGAAUUUCAACAAGAAGCCUCGCUCAUGGCUGAACUACACCACCCCAAUAUUGUCUGCCUUCUAGGGGCUGUCACUCAGGAACAACCUGUGUGCAUGCUUUUUGAGUAUAUGAAUCAGGGGGAUCUCCAUGAGUUCCUCAUCAUGCGAUCCCCGCAUUCUGAUGUCGGUUGCAGCAGUGAUGAAGAUGGGACGGUAAAAUCCAGCCUGGACCAUGGAGAUUUUCUGCACAUUGCAAUUCAGAUUGCAGCCGGCAUGGAUUACCUGUCUAGUCACUUCUUUGUCCACAAGGACCUUGCAGCUCGCAAUAUUUUAAUUGGAGAGCAACUUCACGUGAAGAUUUCAGACCUUGGGCUUUCCAGAGAAAUUUACUCCGCUGAUUACUACAGGGUACAAAGUAAGUCUUUGCUGCCCAUUCGCUGGAUGCCCCCCGAAGCCAUUAUGUAUGGUAAAUUCUCUUCUGAUUCAGAUAUCUGGUCUUUUGGGGUUGUCUUGUGGGAGAUUUUCAGUUUUGGACUCCAGCCAUAUUAUGGAUUUAGUAAUCAGGAAGUGAUCGAGAUGGUGAGAAAACGACAACUCUUACCGUGCUCUGAAGACUGCCCACCGAGAAUGUACAACCUCAUGACCGAGUGCUGGAAUGAGAUUCCCUCCAGGAGACCACGAUUUAAAGAUAUUCAUGUCCGGCUUCGGUCCUGGGAGGGGCUAUCGAGUCACACCAGCUCUACUACACCAUCGGGGGGAAAUGCUACCACACAGACAACCUCCCUCAGUGCCAGCCCAGUGAGUAAUCUCAGUAACCCCAGAUACCCUAAUUACAUGUUCCCGAGCCAGGGGAUUCCACCACAGGGCCAGAUUGCUGGUUUCAUUGGCCCACCAAUACCUCAGAACCAGCGAUUCAUCCCCAUCAAUGGAUACCCAAUACCUCCUGGAUAUGCAGCAUUUCCAGCUGCCCACUACCAACCAGCAGGUCCUCCCAGAGUGAUUCAGCACUGUCCGCCUCCCAAGAGUCGGUCUCCGAGCAGCGCCAGUGGGUCAACCAGCACUGGUCAUGUGACCAGCUUGCCCUCAUCAGGAUCCAAUCAGGAAGCAAAUAUUCCUUUACUACCACACAUGUCCAUUCCAAAUCAUCCCGGUGGAGUGGGUAUCACUGUUUUUGGCAACAAAUCUCAAAAACCCUAUAAAAUUGACUCAAAGCAACCGUCUUUGCUAGGAGACUCCAAUAUUCACGGACAUACCGAAUCUAUGAUUUCUGCAGAACUAUAAAAUGCGCAAUAUUUGAAAUGUGGUAUACAGGACCAGCUAGAAAGUCGUAGAAAAAAAUUUAUAUUCAAAUGUUUUUAUUAAAGUAAGGUUCUCAUUUAGCAGACAUUGCAACAAGUAUCUUCUGUGAAGUUUAACUGUGUCUUACCAAGCAGGACACAUACUAGCCAGAAAACGAAAACACAUUGUGAGAUUUAUACUCCAUUGGGGUACAUGACAUGGCAUUGGGAUCAAAACAUGUGGUUUUAAGUCAUGAAAACUGCAACUAUUGAAGAGGAAAAGAACCUCGUGAUUAAAUAUCAAACCAAAAAGGAAAGUGAAAUGGUGCUUUGUGUAUUUGCCUUUGGUCGCCAUGACUGGCCUCUCCCCAAAAUGUAUAUACCAUAGCAUUUGUCUACCUGCUGUCUUUUCUUCAGGACAGGUGUUCAGGAAUUACACUGAUUCCAUUUAGAUUCUAUGCAUAUGUGUAUGUAAGUGAUGUUCAGAAUCAAUGAGGAAACUUUAGACCAAUUUUGACGCCAUGGAUGGAAAUGAGCCAUAAGACAAGUGUAACAUACCCUGGAGCCUUCUACGUAGGGUGGCUUUGGAAAGGUACAGAGUGUGCCUCUUUGUGAAUCUCCUUUUCUGAUCAUGAAGGCUUUUUCCACAUUUUCCUUUUCACAAUGUGUUUACACAGCCCUUGAAAUAGCACAGAGCAUUGGACCAUAAGAAGAUUACAGGUGGAUGCUGAGUUGGUUGUUGGGUGAUAGUCUAUUUUGUGUAUUAGGAAUGAGGCACUAAAGGACACACAGUCAGGAAACGUCCCUCAGCCUAGAUCGGCAUCCAAGGGGAAGGAGCAAGGGCUCCCAUGGGGAUGUCGCCACAGGAGAGUCCCUGGACCAGUAACAUUGAAGAGCCAAUGUUGGCUAGAGUACACCCAUGCCUUACAACCCCACGGACGAGGUGUCAGGGUGCUCAACUACCAAUGGAUUCUGUGGAAGUAGGAAACCCUAUGAUAAUUCCAAUAACUAGUAAAUUUUAAAUUUCUCUCACGUUUUGUUUUUUCUGUGUUGGAAAACUUUACAUAUUUUUAUUUCCGUCUCCAAGAAAUAGAGCAAUUUAUUCAUCUAAUUAGCUGGAAUCCAAAGACAGUGAAUUCUAAUUUUCAAACUAGUACAGUAUUUCUGAAUAGUCAAAUACUGAGUUCUCUUUUUAAAUCAAGAACUGAAUUCUUCAAGCUGGUAAAUAAAAGCAACAUGGUCAUCUUUGCUUUAGAAGGAGGUAUCAGAUGUGCAUUUCACAGCAUGUACACACUAACCAUCAUUCACCAAGUUUAGUAUCUUAUGGAUUUCAAGUUUUAUACAGUAAGGAAUUUUAUGUUUGCUUUUUCUCUUAUUAAAGAAAUCGCUCCUUUGUAUUGAGAACAGUAUCUCAAGGUCUCACUUUUAUUUUAAAGCUGUAAGAGACUUUUAAAGAGACUUAUAGGAUGUAAAGUAAUUCCUAGAAAUGAUAUUUGAUGAGAAUGUAAGGGAGUUAGAAACACAUUGUUUCCAUUAAAAAAAAUCAUAAAAUUAGUGUGAAAAAUCAAAGAACUAUGUUUACCAAAUGUACUGCAAUUUUCCCAACCCAAGUCUUUGAAAAACAAUUAUGAACUUACAGGUACUGUGAACUCAAAUAAUUGGCUAUAUCCAGAUUUACUGAAAGAAAAUUAAGUCGUGUUUAUGUGGCAUAAAUAAGCUGAUUCAGAAGUUACAUUUCUUAGCUGUAGGUAGAGGAGAAUAUUUGUAUCCUUUUGUUGCUAUGCAACUGUUUAAUAAUGAAAUGUGCUUCAAACCACAAUUUUGUAUAUCAUAUGACAAUCAAUUUUUUCCAAGAAUAUUUAUUGUUUUAAGUAAACACAAUUUCAGUGAAUCUGAGUUUUCUAGGAGUCCCUUAAAGGGAAAUUAGCAUUCCAUGAGUCAGUAAAAUACCUACUCUGGAAAAACAUUUUUACAGUUAAAAAAAUAAAUUCAAGUUAGUUUUGUAUAAAGAACUAUAACAUUUAUUUUAAACAUUUUAUAAUAACUGAAGUCAUUAAGGUGAACAAACUAAAUUUCAAAACCACUUGUAAUAAUGUACUUUAUAAUAGCACUGUGAUACUACAUAACACAGUCCCUUUUGUACUAAGAUAGUAUUAUUUUCACAAACUUAAAAAAAAAACCUUUUGCUUUGUUGACAAUGUUUUGUAUGAUAACUUUAUUUCAAAUUUUUUUUCUUUUUCUCUUUUUUGCACAAAAGUAUGUUUAUGGUUUGUAUCACAGAAGUGAAAAUAUAUCUGCAUUUUUAUAUCUGGUCUGUUUCUUUAUUUCCUUUGUUUUUAACUCUAUAGAUUUUCUCCAAAUAUAUAACAGCAAUAUUCAGAUAUCUUUUGCUGCAUGCAUUUAAUCACUGUAUUACUUAAUGUUUGAUUUGUUAUUAUGGGCAUUUCAAAUAGACAAGCAUGGAAUUGUAAUGUUAAAAGGCUAUUUUAUAUUAAGGAUAUAUGCGUUUGUAUUUCACACACCAGAGAUAUUAAACACUGAUUAUUUUAUGCUGCUGUUUAUUAAAAAUGU